UCCUCCCCGCCCGUAGAUAGUGCUGUUUAGCCCUGAUCUCCAGCUCGGCCCCCAGCCCGGGUCUUUUCUCACAGGCGCUGCGCCAGGAUGCCGUCGAAUGAAUACGACGACUCAAAGCCCAGCUGGGCAGAUCAGGUGGAGGAGGAGGGAGAUGAAGGCACUCUCCCAUCACCGAAAGAAACUGUCAAGGGUAACAUCAAGACUGUGACAGAAUAUAAGAUUGAUGAGGAUGACAAGAAGUUCAAGAUUAUCCGAACCUUCAAAAUUGAGAAUAGAAAGGCUUCUAAAGCAGUUGCCAGGCGAAAGAACUGGAAAAAAUUCGGUAACUCUGAAUUUGACCCACCUGGACCUAAUGUUGCCACCACCACUGUGAGCGAUGAUGUGUACAUGACCUUCAUCUCCAGUAAAGAGGACCUUAAUGCACAAGACCAGGAUGAGGAUCCUAUGAGCAAGCUGAAAGGUCAGAAGAUUGUGUCUUGCCGUAUCUGCAAGGGAGACCAUUGGACCACCCGCUGUCCCUACAAAGACACCCUGGGCCCCAUGCAGAAGGAGCUUGCAGAGCAGUUGGGUCUGUCCACAGGGGAUAAAGAGAAAGCAACAGAGCCUGAGCCUGCUCAGCCAGUCCAGAGUAAAACUGGGAAGUACAUUCCUCCCAGCCUGCGAGACGGAGGCACGCGCAGAGGAGAAUCCAUGCAGCCUAACCGGAGAGCUGAUGACAAUGCUACCAUCCGUGUCACCAAUCUGUCGGAAGACACGAGGGAGACGGAUCUGCAGGAGCUCUUCAGGCCGUUUGGUUCUAUCUCCAGGAUCUACCUGGCCAAGGACAAGAACACUGGCCAGUCUAAGGGAUUUGCCUUCAUCAGCUUCCACCGGCGGGAGGAUGCUGCCAGAGCUAUUGCAGGAGUGUCAGGCUUUGGAUAUGAUCACCUUAUCCUCAAUGUGGAAUGGGCUAAACCUUCCAACAACUGAGAGUAGGACCUCUGUUCAUAUUCCAGGAGGAUGAGGAGCAUUCUUCCAGUAGAGUUUGGCUAUUAAUUGAAUAAACAUGUUACAGAUUAAA